AGCGUCUCUACUCCUCUUCCUCCUCUCUCUACUCUCCAAGUUCUCUUCUCCGUCGACCGCUCUACACGUCUCUUGUCGACCUGGACACCGAGGUGGAAGAAGGAAGCAGUCAGCAGAUGGAUCCAUGGAUCAGCAGCCAGCCUUCUCUGAGCCUUGACCUGCGCGUCGGCCUGCCGCCGCUCAGCCUCCACCACCAGGCGCCGGUGGCCGUCGCCUUGCCCAGGCCCAAGCUGCUCGUCGAGGAGAACUUCCUCCUGCCGCCUCCAAAGAAAGAACCAGAGGUCGCGGCUCUCGAGACGGAGCUGCAGCGGAUGGGCGAGGAGAACCGGCGCCUGGCGGAGGCGCUGGCCGAGGUGGCCUCCAAGUACGAGGCGCUGCGGGGGCAGUACACGGAGAUGGUGGCCGCGGCGGCCACGGCCUGCGGGAACCACCCGUCGUCCACGUCGGAGGGCGGGUCCGUGUCGCCGUCGCGGAAGCGCAAGAGCGAGAGCACGGACACCGCGCCGCCCGCGCAGCAGCUACUGCACCAGCACUACCCGGCGGUGGCGCCGGACCAGACGGAGUGCACCUCGGGCGAGCCGUGCAAGCGCAUCCGGGAGGCGGAGUGCAAGCCCAGGGUGUCGAAGCUGCACGUGCACGCCGACCCGGCCGACCUCAGCCUGGUGGUCAAGGACGGGUACCAGUGGCGCAAGUACGGGCAGAAGGUUACCAAGGACAACCCCUGCCCGCGGGCCUACUUCCGCUGCUCCUUCGCCCCGGCCUGCCCAGUCAAGAAGAAGGUGCAGCGCAGCGCCGACGACCCCACCAUCCUGGUCGCCACGUACGAGGGCGACCACAACCACGGCCAGCCCCCGCCACAGGCGCAGGCGCCGCACGACGGCUCCAGCCCUGGCGCCAGCAAGAAGCCGCCGUCGCCGCCGAGGCCGGUCGCCGCCGCUCCGGCGCCGCUCCACCACCAGCAGGUCCAGCAGCACCAGCAGCAGCAGGCGGUUGGCGCGGUGAAAUGCGAGCCGCCCGUGGCCGCGGCGGCGUCGGAGCUCAUCCGGCGGAACCUCGCGGAGCAGAUGGCCAUGACGCUGACGCGGGACCCCAGCUUCAAGGCGGCGUUCGUCACCGCGCUGUCCGGCCGGCUCUUCGAGAUGUCGCCGACCAAGGACUGACGGAACGGAUCGGAUGGAUUGGGAGAUUGGCAUCGCAGGAGAUUCUGGAUCAGAUUGUCUUCGAGCGCACGCCGCAAUGGUCAACUGCGCAGCGCUGGCUUGGCUGUCAGAGCGAAACAGCGGUAACAGAGCAAGACACGAGGGGUCUGCACUCUGCAGUUGUGCAGGAGGAGGAACAGACACAAGGGGAGGACGGCGCGCGGCCGGACAUGGCGUGGAACAGAGAUCGUCGUCACCGCCGGCGGGGGUGUGGUCGACGACGCGACAUGCGAAACACUACGUGCUAGCUAGCAUAGGAAAAAACAACAUGAAAUCGUACAACCAACCAAUCCCUCGCACUGUUUUAGUUGUUAGCUGUAGGCGAAACUGUUCAUCCAAUUGAUCAAAUGAAACUUAUUUUUUCCCU